AUGUCUGAGGUACAUGGAGAUACAGAGCCUGUACCAGCGGGCCCUGAUCUGGAGUAUCCCCUUGCACUUGCAACACGACAGGUGACACUCCGGGAUCGGGUCACCAUUGCGACGCUGGUACCCUUCGCCUCGGCAGACGAUGUGCCCCGGCCUCUCUUGAAGUAUCUCUCGGAUCAAUUCAACAAAGAAAUUGAAAAGGGAGACACAUAUGCCAUGACCGAGCCAAUUCCACUGGCGCAAUUUGGUCGCUACUGGUUCUCCAAUUUUGGUGUGGUUAUGCUCCUCGGCGACAUCCAGAGUGCCGAGCAGACGCACGCCAUGGACCGUGCCGGUGUCAACUGGACGAAGGUUUGCUUGGGUGGUUUUCACAUCCGGCCCAACUACCCUGGCCGGAGUAGCCAUGUCUGCAAUGGCACCUUUAUCGUCACGGAUGCUGCCCGAAACAAGGGUGUAGGAAGACUGAUGGGCGAAGCAUAUCUGGAAUGGGCUCCGCGGCUAGGCUACACUUACGCGGUCUUCAACCUGGUCUACGAGACCAACGUGGCAUCAUGCCGCUUAUGGGAUUCUUUGGGCUUUAAGCGAAUCGGCAGAGUCCCAGGAGGGGGCCAGCUAAAAUCAAAUCCCGGGGAGUUUGUGGAUGCGAUCAUCUAUGGAAGAGGCCUCAGCUUGGACGGCGAAGAUUCCGUCUCACAAGACCGCUUCGAAAAGAUCCGAUAUUAUUUGAAACAUUCCAAGUACCCCCGAGGUGCUGACCGUGCUGAGAAGAGCCGGCUUCGCAGCGCGGCAACACAUUAUAAGCUAUCCGGGGGCGAUGAUGGUGAACCCGAGAAGCUGAUGCUGAAGGAUAAAGAAGUGGUUUCCGAUCCACAACAGCAGUAUGACAUUGCACUAGAGGUUCAUCUCAAGCAACAUGCCGGAAUCAACAAAACCACUGCCGCCAUUGCAGUCAAGUAUCACUGGGUACGGAUCAAAGAGACGGUCAAUCGAGUAAUUCGGGACUGUCCGCAAUGCAAAGAAACCCUCAAGAUACCGCCAAUCCCUGGAACCAAAUACGAUGAUCAGACGAUCACCGAAGAUACGUCGGAUAUAACGGAGAGCACAGCCGACCAGACAUCCAAAGAACCGACCGAUAUUCCGCAGGCCAUGGACGAGGCGCCCGACGAAUCUCCGAGCCACAACCCCUUCAUGAACCAACCUGUCUCCGCCCCCGUUCCUGGUACCGUACAUCCCAUGGCAAGCUUUACGCCGAUGCCCCUCGAUCCCCAAAUCAUGCAGCUGCACCAGCAGCUACGGCGCUACCAGCAACAAAAUGCCAUGGCUAAUACGUAUGCGCCCGGAACACACAAUGUUGGCAUGACCAAUUUUGACGAUGCAAUACGCUACCACACUGCCAGCAAUGCCUAUCAAAUGAUGGUCGAUGACGGCUCGGAUCCCUUUCGACAGGAGGUGCUGGGACUGGUGAAUCCACCCGCCCACGACCUGCACCAUGAUCCAGAUUUGCUCGCCAAGUACGAGUAUGGCAGCCCAUCAGAGGAGAAUUAUGACUUGCCUUAA